AUGGUAGAACUACGAUGUAGGUGUGUCAGACGUAAAGACCGCAGACAGGCCUGGCCGACUCGUCGUCACCGCCGCCUCAACUUUCAGUUGCAAGUCCGACAGCUCCACGUGGUUGCCACGGUGGAGGGUGACACCGUCCUCUCCAGACAAAAAAGGCACUGGGUGCCACCACCGAAACCUUUAAAGGAAAAUCACGACUACACCCAGGAAGAGUAUGUGGCCAAAAUCCACUCAGACUACGAUGACGGCAAGGGUAACCUGGCGUACUCCCUGGAGGGCGUGGGGGCCAACCAGUACCCCUUCCACGUCUUUGUGGUGGACCCCAAAACAGGAUUCAUCCGGGUGACCAAAGAACUGGACCGAGAGGAAUUCAGCCUUUACAACCUGUCGGGCGUGGCCACCUACAAGGACGGCAGGCAGGCGGAGAAAAACAUUGACAUCCGUUUCAGGGUGGUGGAUGAGAACGACAACUCUCCCGUCUUCGGCGUCAUCCCGGCCGGCUCGGUGUAUGAGCAAAGCGGCGUAGCGACACCCGUCAUGAAAAUCAUGGCGACGGACGCCGACGAACCGGGAAAUCCUAACUCCCAGAUCAAGUACAGCUUAGUGUCUCAGGAGCCGUCGGACGACAUGUUCUACAUGGAGAACGACGGAACCAUCUACGUCAAACGAAGCAACUUGGACAGAGAGGCAGUUGAACAGUAUAAGCUUACGGUGAAAGGUCAAGACCUCAACGGCGCGCCAGGCGGGAAUAGCGCCACCGCCACGGUAGUCGUGAAACUACAAGAUGUCAAUGACAACCCUCCAACACUGGAAAAAAGCCUGUACGAAGGAAGCGUGGUGGAAAACACGGAAGGCGUGGAGGUGAUGCGGAUCAAAGCUCAAGACCUGGACGUGUACGGAACCGACAACUGGCGGAGCGUCUAUAAAAUCGUCAAAGGCAACGAGGCUAAUUACUUCAGCAUCAAAACCGACCCCAACACUAACGAGGGCAUCCUCAUGCUCGAUAAGGCUGUGGAUUACGAGGACGUGAAGAACAUGGACCUGGGAAUCGCAGUUCUCAACUGGAAUCCGCCUUUUGAUCCGUCCGACCCGUCCACAACUAACAUAAAUCUUAGUGGUGGAGGAGGAGGCGGCGCAGGUGGCUGGUUAAAAGGCUUCAGCAGUGGCAUGACGAGUACAUCUCAAGGAGUCAUGUGGAAAGGCACCACCUACAAAACCUAUCCCAUCAAGAUCAAUGUCAAGAACCAGCGUGAAGGUCCGCAUUUUGACCCCAAGGUCAAAGUCAUCACCAUGUCAGAGGGCGGCAGCUCCACCUUCAAUAUGAACAGCAUUAUCACUCGCUACGCCGCCUUGGAUGGUGACACCGGAAAACCGGCAGAGAACGUCAGGUACAUUGAAGGCUCAGAUCCUGACAACUGGUUCACCAUCGACCCAGAGACGGCCGAUAUCAGACUGAACAAGAUGCCCGACAGGGAGUCCACUUUUUUGGUCAACGGUACCUACUACGCCAAAGUUCUCUGCGUUUCUGAAGAAAACCCUUCUAGCACUGCUACUGGGACCAUCGCUAUUCAAGUCGAAGACUUCAACGACCACUGUCCCACCUUGACCAGUACGGUCAAGACGCUGUGCAUUCCCGAAGACACCGUCAUCGUCAGCGCCGUGGAUGAAGACGCCUUCCCCAACGGCGCUCCUUUCCACUUUGAGAUCAUGCCAGAGGGCACCAAGGGAAAAUGGCAGUUGGAGCAUCUCAACGAUACUGCAGCCAUCCUGAGGGCGCAACACUCCUUAUAUGCCGGUCAACAUGAGGUGGAAUUAUUGGUGAAGGAUGAACAGGGGGUGGCGUGCCCAGAACCGCAGAAGCUGACGGUCCAGGUCUGCACCUGUGAAGAUGGAGUCAUUUGCGGAACCCGAGGCGGAAGAGGUCAACCCGAGAAGAAAUCCGAGUUAGGACCGGCAGGAAUCGGACUGCUACUACUGGGCCUGCUAUUGUUACUGCUCAUCCCUCUCCUGCUCCUCUUCUGCCAAUGCGGUGGAGCUGCAGGUCUCCCGGGAAACUUCACUGAAAUUCCUUUCGACACCAAAUCGCACCUCAUUAAUUACCGCACCGAGGGUCAAGGAGAGAACGCGGAGGUACCGCUCAUGAACAUUCCGACGCAAGUGGAUGUCGUGGACGUCCUGAAAAAGGACGCUGGCUUUUACGCGGACGGGAUGGGUUUUCAGCAGGAGUUCUCAGGCAUCCGGAGAGAUACUACAAUAGGAAUGAGGAACCAGGGAAGGUUCUACUCGGAGUUCCAGAGAGAGUCGGGGGCGGCUUACGACGAUCUCGGUCUACCGUAUCACAUCCUUUCGCAGUACUACGCUCAGAAGAUGAGCGGUGGAGAGGACCUGGCAGUGAAGGACGCGCUGUUGUCGUACGACAAUGAAGGUGAAGGCUCUGUAGCCGGUUCGGUCGGCUGCUGCAGCCUCCUGGAGCAAGACAACGAUCUCCAGUUCCUGGACGACCUGGGCCCCAAGUUCAAAACCCUGGCUGAGGUAUGCGGCGGCAAAAAGAUCCAACCGGAAAUUGCGCCGGCGCCCGCCAAAGUCGUGAUUGAACCACCUAAACCGGCGCCGGUCAUCCCGAAAGUGGAUAAUCGGACGGUGACUCAAGUGGUGCAGGAAAACAUGACCAUGCGCAACCAAGGGAGGGCCACUGUCAUAGAAGGGGCUGAAAACCAAGGCCAGAUGUUCCUUCUUCAGCAGCAACAGCCAGUCUACUACACCGCCGCGGCUCCCGUGAUCCAACCCAUGCAGUACGUGGUCCAGCCACAAGUCCAGAACACAUUGCUGCUAGCAGAAGCGCCGGCCACCAACCUCCAGGGCAUGGUGCUGGCGGCUCCGCAAGGCAUGCUGGUCCAAGGACAAACCGUGGUGUCGGGCGCACAAGCUCAAGCCCCGGGCAUGGUUCUGGUCUCAGGUACCCCGGGGUCACCUACGCAAGGCAUGCUAGUCCAAGGCCAGACACUGGUUUCAGGUGGACAAGCCCAGAACCCUGGCUUGGUCCUGGUUACUGGUAACGUGGGGUCCCCGACUCAAAGCGUGGUUGUCCAAGAAAAGAAGGUGGUGUCCGGGAAGAAACCGCAGGGCGUGAUAGUGGGAGGAACUUUGCCCAAUGUGACACUUCAGGGAAAAUCCGUGGUCACCGGCGGAAACGUCCUAGCCCCACUGAGCUCUACUGACAACCUGCUCAAUGCCGGGACCCUUUCCAGCUCCCAAACCAUCAUAGAAGGCAAGAUCCCGGCAGGGAAAGUGGUGAAGACCAGCAAGACCUCCAUCAAACAAGGUGGCGGUCAACUCCCGGGGAUUGGUUUGCCGCAGAUGAGCAACAUCUCCGGAAGUCAGAGCACCACCGUGACGUCAUCCGGAGUUAGCAGAGUCCCCACAUACCGCAAGGUGGUGGUGCAGGAAGAGAAGCUCACUGAACUGUAA